GAAGAAGAAGAAGAAGAAGAAGAAGACACAGCAGUCACCCUGCAACAACAGAGAGGAACAUGAUUUCACGACAUUGAAGUAAAGUCAUGUCUGCAGGUUGUGUGAGGUGGGUGCUGAGCCGUACACUGAGAGCCGUGUGUGGCCAACACCCUGCCUACAGGACCCCGGCGUCAAGAUUUACAAUAUGCAGCGGAAGAUACAACAUCGCUGCUUCUUCAUGGAGAUGUUCUCCAUUCUCCACCGCCGUGGACGACACAGAUCAGACUCCUGCCGUGAAAAAAAAAAAGCAGAAUCCGAGAGCGAAUGCCACCAUGACCUCAGUCGGGCGCAAGAUCCCUCAGCGGGAGAUACAGGUGAUAAGUGAGACAGGCGAGAAUCUAGGCACCAUGCACCGGGCAAAUGUGAUUAAAAUGAUGGACGUGCAGGGCCUCAAACUGGUGCUGCUCAGCGAGAACAAAGAUCCUCCCGUUUACAAGCUGAUGAGCGGCAAACAGAUCCACGAAGAGCAGCUGAAACUGCGGGAGAAACAGAAAGCAAAAGCAGCCCCUGUGCAGGUGAAAGAGCUCACCUUCUCCUCCGGCAUCGCGGCUCACGACCUCGCCACCAAGCUGAAGCAGGCGGAGAGCAUGCUGGAGAAGAAGCACCACGUUCGAAUCACUCUGCGGUCGGGACGAGGGCAGCCUGCAGGCGACAUGGAGGCAACUCUGGAGCAAAUGGUCCGACAAAUGGAGGUGUUGGUGGGAUUUGUUAACAAGCCGAAAGCCAUACGGGACGGUCAAGCAGCCACGUGCACCCUGCGACCGCCUUCAGCCAAGGAACUGUCCCAACUUGAGAAAAGUAAAGGUGCGGCCUCGCAGUCCGACGACUCGAGUCCGAGCGCCACGCAGAGCAACACGGCGCCUGUAGACAACGCAGAGGACUCUGUGCAGAAGUGACCUCAUGGAAGUCAAACAUUUUCACUUUAAAUUAAGUGAAUACUGAGCAUCUGGGUCAGUUCGGUUAAAAAUCAUUCUCCGCUGCUCACGGUGUAUCGUGUGGAUAUGUAACAAAGCACAAUGAUGCAUCCAGCAAUAAGGGAAAGGUCCAUCUGUCCUGAGUUACACUGACUGCCUCGGUCUUUUGGAUGAAAGGAGCCUCAUGUUAGAACAUCUGUAAUAGAAAAGAUCUCAACCGAUCAUGAGCUAAACAUCUGGAUAGCUCACUUUUCAUAUGCUUGUACUAAAUGUUUGCUUAUUGUUAGCUCUAAGCUAACUUUUUAAGUUCAUGUCACAACGACAACCUGAGGCAAAACCUUCUCAAGUUCCCGUCUGAAGGCUUCAUCUUUGCUUCACCGUUACGUCAAGUAACAGAGUCAUCCCAAACACUUUUACUACUUUACUUUUAAGAAGGUUCUUUGAUUAAUCUUAAGAGGUUAAGCUGUCUUUGUAUUUAUUACAUGAGCAUGGGUAUCCAUCCGAAGAAGGAACAACCAGGGCGGGAAAAAAUGCAGCAAAUAUGGGAGUGACAACAAACUGCAGUUCCUCUAAUGGCCACUUGAGGCUGGUUGUAAAAGUGAGGAAACCCAUAUAAAGGCCGGUAUUAAAAUAAACGGUACAUCAGAAAUAAAAUAAAAGGUUUCAAUCAUGCUCCAAA